AUGUCUUACAUCGUCGUUGGAAUCAUCCCCGUCGGUGGGGAUCUCAAAUUGCGUGAACAGUACCCGCUCGUCCAGUCUCGAUGCAAUUACAACGUCAUUGACGUGUAUAGCAUCGCUGAAGUCGUUCAAGACUACCAAUCGACUGCACCCAUUAACCGCGACGUCGACUAUGUCUUUCCCCUUCCACCUAGUGCCGCUGUCUGCUCCUUCAAGGCCGUCAUCGACGACAAGCGAACAAUCAAGGGAAUUGUCAAGGAGAAGGGUGAAGCGAAGCGGGACUUUGACAAAGCCGUCGCCCAGGGCAAGACCGCCGGGUUACUCCAGCAGGAACACGCUGAUGUGUUCCGUGUCUCUUUGGGGAACAUUAAACCUAACACCAAGAUCAGCGUUCACAUCUCGUUUGUGUCGAUUGUCCCCCACGAUGGAAGCUCUCAGACUGCACUUCGCAUCACGAUGCCAACUUCUAUCGCACCACGCUAUGGCGUAGCACCCACAAACAUUCCGUGGGCUCGCAACUCGUCCAAUCGGUUCGAGCUUACGGUCGCCAUUCAAAUGAACAAGCCUGUCACAUCCGUCAGCUCUCCGAGCCAUCCGAUCGGACUUACACUCGGGUGUAACCAGAAGGAGCUCACCGGUGACUAUGAGCCGUCCAAGGCAUUUGUGCAUCUUGCCGACGCCGCGUUCCUUGACAAGGACAUUGUCAUCGUCGUGUCGGCGCAGGGACUCGAUGCACCGAGGUGCAGUGUCGAAAGGUGGCUUAAGAGUGAUGGCGCCGAGGAGACCACGGAUGCAUAUGCACUCACGCUUGUGCCCAAGUUUGACCUACCUGCACUUCCUCGACAGGAAUACAUCUUCCUGGUUGACAGAAGUGGUAGCAUGGGUGGUGGCCGCAUCAACUCUGUGAAGGCGGCCCUACAAAUCCUCUUGCGUUCGCUCCCGUCGCGCAACACGACAUUCAAUAUUGUCUCGUUUGGGUCGCACCACACCUCACUUUGGCCAACAUCCCAGCCAUACAGUGCAGAGGCUAUGGAAACCGCCAGCAAGCACGUUGACGAGUUUUCUGCAAACUAUGGUGGGACGGAGAUGCGUGCUGCAAUAGAGUAUGCCUUCCAGUCUCGCGCGGACUUCAAGAAUUGGCACAUGAUCGAUUCCAAGGAAAAGGUUCCUACUUCAGUCUUCGUGCUCACGGACGGCGAGGCCUGGGACUUGGAGGGAUUAGUCGACUGCGUAUCCAAAAACUGCACGGCGUCCAAAGACAAUGGUAGUCUGCUCCGAACAUUUGUUCUCGGUGUGGGCAACGAAGUGUCAACCGCGAUGUGUGAUGGCAUUGCGCGUGCAGGAAGAGGCACAGCAGUUUAUGUCGCUACAGGAGAAAAGCCCGACGCAAAACUCAUGGGGUUACUGAAAGCGGCUCGUGGCGGGGUAAUCGACGACCUGGCGAUCGAAUGGACACCCGAGACCAAAGAUAACGAGUCAAUGGAUGAUGAAUUUGAAGUCGUCGACACGCCAGAACCCAAGAAAGAUAUCGCUCCUAGCCCUCAAGCGCCCUUGAGCCUCUUCGACGAUAUGCACGUCGAUAAGCCAGUAGAGCUCGGAGCUCAGAAGUCCAUCGUCAAUCUCGCCCCCCCUCCACGGAUUCAACAGGCGCCAAAGUCAGGGAAGUUGCCUAUCCCACUCUAUCCCGGUUUCCGCUGCAGCAUCUUUGCCAUUAUCAAGCAAAAUUCCAACCCUGGACCAUACUCGCCGCACAUCAAGAUCACUGGAAAGGUCCUGGGGCGGGACGUUGUAUUCCAAGUCCCCGUAUCACCUGUGUCCGUCGACAACAGCGCGCUCGCGGGUGUCGAAGGAGGACGGCUUUUGCAUACGCUUGCGGCUAAACAGCUCAUCCAAGCAUUUGAAGACCUUGCAAAAACACCGGAGAACAAGGCAGAGAUUGAACGUUUGGGCAAGCGGUACUCGCUCGCGAGCUCUGUCACGUCUUUCAUUGCCAUUGACGAAGAGAAAGAGGCUGAAGUCGAGAUGCAUAUCCCGCAAGCUGAAUCUAUCGCUCAACAGCAAGGAUCGCUUGGAGGAAUGGACCACCGGAACUCCAGAUCUAGAAUGGGAGUUGCCGCAGUCUCUGCUUUCUCAGCUCCCCCGGCUCCCAGAUUGAGCAGGCACAGUUACGUUGCUGCCCCUAUGAUGGCUCAGCAACAGCAGCAACUCAUGCAACAGACCCCCGCGACACAGUCUGCCAUGCUGGGCAGAGUUCAGCGGGUCGGUACGCUUGGCGAACGCCUCGAUAGCUUGCAAGACAAGUCGGAUUCUCUAGCAGCAUCCGCUGAGUCGUUCGAGAGGACUAAGCGAAGUUCACGUAGCGGAUUUUUCGGUAAUCUGUUCGGCGGUGCCUCUCGUUCCUCGUCCGUGUCAUCCUACGCUCCGCCUCCGCCUCCACUUGCUCCUCCAGGAGGUUCCAUGCCUUCUCCAGCAGCGAUAACCACGGGAUAUGUGCCAACACACGCAUAUGGAUCACCAGCGUCCUCCGCCUUUGGGAUUGUACCUCAGUCCACUGGGUUUGCACCCCAGUCCACUUUUGCACCCCAAGGGCUCUCUCAAGCAAAUCCCACCGCAUUUGCACCCCCACCACUCUAUGAGGAUUACGCUGUCGGGUUCGCAGGCGAGCAUUCAGAUGAUGAUGAAAGUCAAGGACGUGGACAAGAGGAAUACUCGACUCCCCGAACCAAGUCAAAACGCAAAUCCUCUGAAAAGAAAGAAGCCCGAAGCUCGUAUCCUCGGCUUGCAGGAGGUGGACCAACACCAGUCGCUGCGCUUACAGUGGAGAAUCUAGCCCGUGCUCAAAACUUUGACGGCGGCUUCUCUUUCAAUGAUCAUCAUAUGCAAUUCCUCUUCGGCACGUCUCCGAAUCGCUCUAGUGCACAGACACUCCCUCCACCCCUGUCAUCUCUCAUGUGUGCGGAAGAUAUCAAACAGACCAUCUGGUCGACGAUUCUAACACUCGCAUGUUUAGAGAAGACGUUCAAGAGUGACAAGGACUCGUGGGAGAUGCUAGCGGAAAAGGCAACUGACUAUAUCCUGGACGUGCUUCAAAAUGACUGCGGUUUGCCUUUUGACAAAGCCAAGUCUGUGGUGGCAGAGCUCAAGGCAAUCGCGGCAAAUCUCUUUUGA